ACCCGCGCCACAGAAUUACGAGUCCUGCGCGCUAUCCACCAGGCUACGAGGCCCCUUGGAUGUAACUACCUUAUCCAGACAGCAAUUGGCCUUGUUAAACGACGUUUGGGUGACUGAUUCACCCAAAUUUGAUUCCUUCCCGAGUUUCGGACAAGUAACUCGGCAGUCAUACUAUAGAAUUGAUCUAUAACAACAGUCACAGGUAAUGAGUCAGGUGCUGGUGCAACUGUGCACAAUAAACAAACCAAUUAUAUAGUGAGCACAAACGUUCAAGAAGACAGCAGGAGGUGAGCACUGAGCACCAUCAUGGUAGUGUUGUCACUCGAGCAAGAACAGUCACUGGAGCAACAACAGUCACUGGAGCAAGAACAGUCACUGGAGCAAGAACAGUCACUGGAGCAAGAACAGUCACUGGAGCAAGAACAGUCACUGGAGCAAGAACAGUCACUGGAGCAAGAACAGUCACUGGAGCAAGAACAGUCACUGGAGCAACAACAGUCACUGGAGCAAGAACAGUCACUGGAGCAAGAACAGUCACUGGAGCAACAACAGUCACUGGAGCAAGAACAGUCACUGGAGCAAGAACAGUCACUGGAGCAAGAACAGUCACUGGAGCAACAACAGUCACUGGAGCAAGAACAGUCACUGGAGCAAGAACAGUCACUGGAGCAAGAACAGUCACUGGAGCAACAACAGUCACUGGAGCAAGAACAGUCACUGGAGCAAGAACAGUCACUGGAGCAACAACAGUCACUGGAGCAUCAACAGUCACUGGAGCAACAACAGUCACUGGAGCAACAACAGUCACUGGAGCAACAACAGUCACUGGAGCAAGAACAGUCACUGGAGCAAGAACAGUCACUGGAGCAAGAACAGUCACUGGAGCAAGAACAGUCACUGGAGCAAGAACAGUCACUGGAGCAACAACAGUCACUGGAGCAUCAACAGUCACUGGAGCAAGAACAGUCACUGGAGCAAGAACAGUCACUGGAGCAAGAACAGUCACUGGAGCAUCAACAGUCACUGGAGCAACAACAGUCACUGGAGCAACAACAGUCACUGGAGCAACAACAGUCACUGGAGCAACAACAGUCACUGGAGCAACAACAGUCACUGGAGCAACAACAGUCACUGGAGCAUCAACAGUCACUGGAGCAACAACAGUCACUGGAGCAUCAACAGUCACUGGAGCAACAACAGUCACUGGAGCAUCAACAGUCACUGGAGCAAGAACAGUCACUGGAGCAAGAACAGUCACUGGAGCAACAACAGUCACUGGAGCAACAACAGUCACUGGAGCAACAACAGUCACUGGAGCAACAACAGUCACUGGAGCAACAACAGUCACUGGAGCAACAACAGUCACUGGAGCAACAACAGUCACUGGAGCAUCAACAGUCACUGGAGCAACAACAGUCACUGGAGCAUCAACAGUCACUGGAGCAACAACAGUCACUGGAGCAUCAACAGUCACUGGAGCAUCAACAGUCACUGGAGCAAGAACAGUCACUGGAGCAUCAACAGUCACUGGAGCAACAACAGUCACUGGAGCAAGAACAGUCACUGGAGCAUCAACAGUCACUGGAGCAACAACAGUCACUGGAGCAUCAACAGUCACUGGAGCAAGAACAGUCACUGGAGCAUCAACAGUCACUGGAGCAACAACAGUCACUGGAGCAUCAACAGUCACUGGAGCAUCAACAGUCACUGGAGCAAGAACAGUCACUGGAGCAUCAACAGUCACUGGAGCAACAACAGUCACUGGAGCAACAACAGUCACUGGAGCAAGAACAGUCACUGGAGCAACAACAGUCACUGGAGCAAGAACAGUCACUGGAGCAUCAACAGUCACUGGAGCAACAACAGUCACUGGAGCAAGAACAGUCACUGGAGCAAGAACAGUCACUGGAGCAAGAACAGUCACUGGAGCAACAACAGUCACUGGAGCAAGAACAGUCACUGGAGCAAGAACAGUCACUGGAGCAAGAACAGUCACUGGAGCAAGAACAGUCACUGGAGCAACAACAGUCACUGGAGCAAGAACAGUCACUGGAGCAACAACAGUCACUGGAGCAACAACAGUCACUGGAGCAAGAACAGUCACUGGAGCAACAACAGUCACUGGAGCAAGAACAGUCACUGGAGCAUCAACAGUCACUGGAGCAACAACAGUCACUGGAGCAAGAACAGUCACUGGAGCAACAACAGUCACUGGAGCAAGAACAGUCACUGGAGCAACAACAGUCACUGGAGCAAGAACAGUCACUGGAGCAACAACAGUCACUGGAGCAACAACAGUCACUGGAGCAAGAACAGUCACUGGAGCAAGAACAGUCACUGGAGCAAGAACAGUCACUGGAGCAACAACAGUCACUCAAGACGCCAGUAAUACCCAUCCCAACACGGUAAGUUGCUGUGAAC